AUGAAUAAUUUACAUAAUUUACAUCAUCAACAUCCGCAAUCAUCACAAAAAAUUGACAUUCUAUCAAAAUUCAUAGUCAAUCAUUACAAUAAAUUAAGGAAGGAAUCAAAUAAUACCAACGAUCCAUUAGUAGUUGGACUUAGCGGAGCGCAAGGAUGUGGUAAAACAACGAUUGUAAAACAAAUUGUACAAUACUUGAAGAGUGCGAAAAAUUUAUCAGUGGUAAACUUUUCCAUGGAUGACUUUUAUUUAACGUAUGAAGAUCAAUGUCAAUUGGCAAACCAGAACCCUGGGAAUCAAUUGUUGGAGUUUAGAGGUGCACCGGGAACUCAUGAUGUCUUGCUUGGAAGGCAGAUCUUACAAGAAUUACGUGAUGUUCAACAAAAAUAUUCCGAACGAUUACACGAAAGGUUAAGGGAGAGAGAUAAUGUAAAGUCAAAUAAUGUGAGCAUCUUGAUACCGUUUUACGAUAAAUCCUUACGAAAUGGAAGAGGAGAUCGAGCACCUAUUGAAGAGUGGAUUAGAGUUUCACCACCUUUUGAUAUCAUUUUGUUUGAUGGAUGGUCUUUAGGAUUUAAACAUUUACCUUCUUCUGAACUCCAAGAAGCAUAUGAUCGUGCAUCGUCUUCUUUAAAAACAUUAAAAUCUCAUUCAUUUUCUCAUAUAAAAAUUAUUAACGAACAUUUAAAGCGAUAUGAAGAGAAUUGGUAUCCGUUCCUUGAUAUUUUUAUUCAUGUUGAAGCGGAAAAUAUCAAUUAUGUUUAUCAAUGGCGUUUAGAACAAGAGCAUUCUAUGAAACAACGAGGAAAAAGUGGAAUGAGUGAUGAACAAGUUAAAGAUUUUGUGAAUAAAUUUAUGCCGGCUUAUGAAUUAUAUUUGGAAAGGUUAAGUAAGGAAAAUUUCUUUUCUAAAGGAGAUAAAGGAAUUUAUGGAAGUCAUUUGAAACUUGUGAUGAACCGUGAGAGAGAAAUAAUUAAAGAAAUUUUGAUCUAA